ACUGGAUCUGCUCGGGCAGCGAGGAAAAGACGAGAGUUGAAGCCAAAGUUGCACAAUGGAGUUUAGCACGUUAGCGCUCUUCACACUUUUCUCCUCAUUUUACAACGUCUUGGGGUUGUUGCCUGAAGGCGUGUGUCUCCUUCAAAUGGACGAAGGACCUUGCAGAGGAGAAAUUGAGCGCUAUUACUACAACACAAUCACCCAAAAGUGCGAGAUUUUCUAUUAUGGAGGGUGCGAAGGGAAUGCCAACAACUUCAAGAGUUAUCAGGAGUGUCAGAAGACAUGCUUUAGAAUUCCAAAGAUUCCCCAGAUCUGCAGGUUUUCUAAAGAGGAAGGACCCUGCCGUGGCCUCUUCCGCCGCUAUUUCUUUAACAUGACCACCAUGCAGUGCGAGCCCUUUGAUUAUGGUGGCUGUCACGGGAACUCUAAUCGCUUCCAAGACCUUACCUCUUGCAUGGAGUACUGCAGUCCAAGAAAAACUAUUCCUGUCCUCUGCCUGGACCGUCUGGACAAAGGGAAGUGCUCAGCCUCCAUAACUCGGUAUUACUACAACACAGUCACCAAGAUGUGCGAGGAGUUCAUCUACUCAGGCUGCGGAGGGAGCAGCAACAAUUUUGUCUCAAGGCAGAGCUGCAUGGACGUGUGUGUUAAAGGAGGGAAAAAGCACUCAGGCCAAGGAAAAAUUCGUCGCAUGAGACGGAAUAGAAAUAAUCGCAUCAUUCUUGCAGGCACAGGUGUCUGACACUUGUUGUCAUGGAUGCUCACUUGGACAAGCCCUUGAUGGAAACUAACAUGUAUUAAACUGACUUUGUUUAUACCAAAAAAUGCUGACCAGGUAUUCUCAGUUGAUACCGGAAGAGUCUUUAGCUGCACAUAUACACAUUUCUACUGUAAUUUGUAAUGCCUUACAAGCAAUCUCUCAAAUGUGUUUGUUACUACUGCACUAAUGUUCCUGAAUGUGUGCUGUAUGUAAGUAAUGUAUGUUUUGUAUAAGUAAUAUGCUAUGACAGUGAACUUUUGUUAUAUAACUGUUUUAUAAGAACAUUUUUGAUAAAAUAUACAGAAUUUUA